AUGUCUACUAUUGUCGCUGCCGUUCCUAGUCCGAAGGGCUUCGGCCUCCUCAAGGCCCCAGCCAAUGUUCCCGCAACGGUCGUGGACAGCUCGAUGAGCACCUCUCCCGAUCCUGGCCACGAUGACCCACGCGGUCAGCAAGCUGCAGCGAAUGGCCUCACAGAGAUCGAAGCAAGGCAGAGCACACCUGCUCACCUUGGCGUCGCCUGCGGCUCCGAACCGCCCAGUCCGGCCAUCAGUGCGCCGACGAGACCGAGGUUGAGCCCGACCCUUCCUCAAGCUUUGCUGUCACCUCCACCUAGUGAGAGGCCGGCUUCAAGUCGCGGCACUGGCUCCUCUCAGACAUCCCGGCGCUUCGCCAUCGCAUUGUGGAAGCCGCGGACUUACCACCGCUGGAAGUCUCCCGCCCUGGUGGUAGUGUUUUUCCUCAUCGGCUUUGGCAUGAGUCUGUGUCACUGCGUCUUUUACCCGAGCCUCAUUGGUCAAAUUAAGCACAUGGCCGUACCCAAAGGCACAGCCCGCCAAGCCGACAACGCCUACUUCGGCUUCGUCCCAACAAUCAACAACACCGACGACCUGGUCGCCCUCUCUGAACCGCGCUAUCAGGAGCCCUCCAACGCCGCCAACGAGCUAUGGAUGACCUUUCAGCGGUACGUCCUUAACAGCAAAGGAGACCGCAUCCGCACCCGGGCAUGGCAGGUCUGCCGCCUGCACAACGCGACGUACGACCUACGGCUCGAGUGGGACCGCGGCAUCCAAAACGUGACGGGCUCGUACGGGGUGCGCGAGGAGGUGGGCUUCCCCCGCGACAGGCCGGGCGAGGUGUCGGACAUGGCGAGUCACGCGUACGCCGCCUUCAUGUGGGCGCUGAUGGACCAGUUGGUGGGUUCGUUUGCGUGGUUAAAACAGGAGAACAUAUCCGGCACCGACACCAACUUGGGACUGGGCCGUGCGGCGCAGUUCGGGCUCAUCGAGUCGCCGAUACAACAGACCAGCAUCUUGGGGAGCGUCGACUUGGAUGUCUUCUUCGACUUCAACGCCAUCUAUGGUCUGUAUGCGUCUGAUAACGAGACGGACCCGUCGGGGCAGCGCUUGCAGGACAAGGCGCUUGCUAGGAACAGGACGCUGGCAGUGCUGGUUGAAGAGUUGAGCUUUAAUAUCACGGUGACCUUGUUGCAUAAUAGGCUUUUGACGUACAAUUCCACCCGAGAAGUCACCCGCUGGAACGACGUCAACCGGUACGGGUACCUGGCCACGUCCCUAUUCAUCCCCUACGCUCUGGCGAACCUGAUCGCCUUCGCCGCCCUAGUGCUCGGCAUGGUGUCCUUCUUGCGCCAUGAGACGUUCCCGACCAAGACGUUCCAGGAUAUUGCCAGUGCGGCUGCGGAUCCUCAUGUCAUCCGGAUUAUGCAAGAGAGUACUUGA